AGAGCGAUUCCCAGCCGCGCUCCGCACCAGCCGCCGCAGGGAGACCGCGCUGGGGCGUAGGGCUGACAGGCGUGCCAGCCCAGGUUUCGCCCGGGUUGGACUUGUCACCGCCUGGGACAUCCCUGCCCCCCUGGCGCAACACCUGGCGGGCUGCGACGGCAACCCGGAACCCGGACGCGGCACCAGGAAUCCUAAAACUAAAAUAUUAGAACGAAGAAAGAAACAUGGCUCACUACAUUACAUUUCUUUGCAUAGUUUUGGUCCUGCUUUCCCAGAAUUCUGUAUUAGCUGAAGAUGGAGAAAUUAGAUCAAGUUGUCGUACUGCUCCUACAGAUUUAGUUUUCAUCUUAGAUGGUUCUUAUAGUGUUGGCCCAGAAAACUUUGAAAUAGUGAAAAAGUGGCUUGUCAAUAUCACAAAAAACUUUGACAUAGGACCGAAGUUUAUUCAAGUUGGAGUGGUUCAGUAUAGUGACUACCCUGUACUGGAGAUACCCCUUGGCAGCUAUGACUCGGAAGAGCGUUUGAUGGCAGCAAUGGAAUCCAUACAGUACUUAGGAGGAAACACCAGGACUGGGAAGGCUAUCCAGUUUGCACUUGAUUACCUUUUUGCCAAGUCCUCACGGUUUCUGACUAAGAUAGCAGUGGUACUUACGGAUGGUAAAUCCCAGGAUGAAGUCAAGGAUGCAGCAGAAGCAGCAAGAGACAGCAAGAUAACAUUAUUUGCCAUUGGUGUUGGUUCAGAAACAGAAGAUGCAGAACUGAGAGCUAUUGCCAACAAGCCUUCGUCUACUUAUGUGUUUUAUGUGGAAGACUAUAUUGCAAUAUCCAAAAUAAGGGAAGUGAUGAAGCAGAAACUUUGUGAAGAAUCUGUCUGUCCUACACGAAUUCCAGUGGCAGCUCGCGAUGAGAAGGGAUUUGAUAUUCUUUUAGGUUUGGGUGUAAAGAAAAAGGUUAAGAAGAGAAUCCAACUUUCACCAACAAAGAUAAAAGGAUAUGAAGUAACAUCAAAAGUUGAUUUAUCAGAACUCACAAGCAAUGUUUUCCCAGAAGGUCUUCCACCAUCAUAUGUAUUUGUCUCUACUCAGAGAUUUAAGGUCAAGAAAAUGUGGGACUUAUGGAGAAUAUUAACCAUUGAUGGAAGGCCACAAAUAGCAGUUACUUUAAAUGGUGUGGAAAAAACUUUAUUAUUUACAACCACCAGCAUAAUAAAUGGCUCACAAGUGGUGACCUUUGCUGACCCUCGAGUUAAGACAUUAUUCGAUGAAGGCUGGCAUCAAAUUCGUCUCUUAGUAACAGAAGAAGAUGUAACUCUGUUUAUUGAUGAUCAACAGAUUGAAACCAAGCCCUUACAUCCAGUUUUAGGGAUCUUCAUCAGUGGGCAAACCCAAGUUGGAAAAUAUUCUGGAAAAGAAGAAACUGUUCAGUUUGAUGUCCAAAAGUUGCGAAUCUACUGUGACCCAGAACAGAACAACAGGGAAACAGCAUGUGAGAUCCCUGGAUUUAAUGGAGAGUGCCUUAAUGGUCCCAGUGAUGUAGGUUCAACUCCAGCACCUUGCGUUUGUCCUCCCGGAAAACCAGGACUUCAAGGCCCCAAAGGUGACCCUGGACUCCCUGGGAACCCCGGCUACCCUGGACAGCCUGGUCAAGAUGGUAAGCCUGGAUAUCAAGGAAUUGCAGGAUCACCAGGUGUCCCAGGAGCUCCAGGAAUACAAGGAGCUCGAGGACUACCAGGUUACAAAGGAGAACCAGGGAGAGAUGGUGAAAAGGGUGACCGUGGACUUCCUGGUUUUCCAGGGCUUCAUGGGAUGCCAGGAUCAAAGGGUGAAAUGGGCUUCAAAGGAGAAAAAGGAUCACCAGGAAUUUAUGGCAAAAAGGGAAGUAUAGAUCACACAACAAAGUAUCUGUCUUGAACUUUUAGUGUAAGGGAAAUAAAAAACUUGAAUUGUAGUUACAGCCCAAUGUUAGAACAAUUAGCUUUGAUCAUCCUUCUCAG